ACAGCCCGAGGGGGCGGGGCUGGCGGCUGGGCCGGAAGUGGAAAUGAUCCUCGAAACCUUUUUCGCCGCUAGUGUCUGAAGCAUCUCCACAUUUUAAUCCCGAGAGAUCUCUGAGGUUUCUUGGUGCCUCUGGAAGUCCCUUGGCCAGAUCUUCCUCCAGACUCCAGCCAGCCUCUCCCCAGCGACUGUUUGAUGUCCACUGAGCUUUAGGCUCCUGGGAAAAUAAAGGUUGAACUCCAGCUGGACUACACCAGCUAACUGGACAUCUCCCCAGAAAUCUCCAGCCAUGGCUCCAGAGGAAAAUGGUUCAUGUGAGGAAUGUACUUUACAGGAAUCAGUGUCCUUCAGGGAUGUGGCUGUAGAUUUCAGCAGAGAGGAGUGGCAGCACCUGGAUCUUGCUCAGAAAAGUUUGUACCGGGAUGUGAUGCUGGAGACCUACAGCCACCUGCUUUCAGUAGGUUACCAAGUUCCUGAACCAAAGGUUUUCAUGUUGGAGCAAGGAAAGGACCCAUGGGCAUCACAGGGUAGGAGUCCACAACAGAAUUGUGCAGAAGAAUUAUGGCAGAUUGGUGACCAGAUAGAAAACUAUCAGCAAAAAGAAAAUAAAUCUUUAAGAAAUGUUGCUUUUAUCAAGAAAGUGUUGAUCAGCAAGAGGGAUUAUGACUAUAAGGAUAUUAGAAAAAUAAAUCCCGUGAGCACAAGUAUUCCUUAUCCAAAAAGACCCCACCAGCAUGACUUAUUUGAAAAUACUUUGAAGCAAAAUUUAGAUUUAUAUAGUCAUCAUAGAAUCCAUGAUUCAAAGAAAAAUAAUAACGUUACUGACUAUGGUAAAAUUCCCCCCUCUACUAACCAUGAGUGUGCUUCAACAGAAGAAAAAUUAUGGAACUAUAAUCAAUGUGGGAAAAUUCUCAGCUAUAAACAAGCACCAUCUCAAUAUCUCAAAAGUCAUACUGGGGAGAAAGCUUACGAAUGUGCAGAAUUUGGAAAGAUCAUUUCCCAGAAGUCACAAAUCAAAGUACAUCUGAAAGUUCAUACAGGAGAAAAACUCUAUGUGUGUAUUGAUUGUGGGAAGGCUUUUGUACAAAAGUCAGAAUUCAUUACACAUCAGAGAACCCAUACUAGAGAGAAACCCUAUAAGUGCAGUGAAUGUGGAAAAGCCUUUUUCCAAGUGUCUUCUCUCUUCAGACAUCAGCGAAUUCAUACUGGAGAAAAACUCUAUGAAUGUAGUGAAUGUGGCAAAGGCUUCUCUUACAACUCAGACCUCAGUAUACACCAGAAAAUUCAUACUGGAGAGAGGCACCAUGAGUGCAGUGAUUGUGGCAAGGCAUUCACACAAAAGUCCACACUCAAGAUGCAUCAGAAAAUUCAUACAGGUGAGAGAUCCUAUAUAUGUAUUGAAUGUGGACAGGCCUUCAUCCAGAAGACACACUUGAUUGCGCACCGAAGAAUUCAUACUGGAGAAAAACCAUUUGAAUGCAAUAACUGUGGGAAAUCUUUCAUUUCUAAGUCUCAACUCCAGGUACAUCAACGAAUUCACACAAGAAUGAAACCCUUUCUAUGUGCUGAAUAUGGGAAGGUCUUCAACAACAGUUCCAAUCUCCUCACUCAUAAGAAAGUUCAAAUUAGAGAGAAAUCUUCCAUAUGUACCGAAUGCGGUAAGGCCUUUACCUAUCGUUCAGAGUUGAUUAUACAUCAGAGAAUUCACACUGGAGAAAAACCUUAUGAGUGCAGUGAUUGUGGUAAAGCCUUUACUCAGAAGUCAGCACUCACAGUGCAUCAAAGAAUUCACACAGGAGAAAAAUCAUAUGUAUGCAUGAAAUGUGGACUAGCCUUCAUCCAGAAGGCACACUUGAUUGCACAUCAGAUAAUUCACACAGGGGAGAAACCUUAUAAAUGUGGUCACUGUGGGAAAUGCUUUACUUCCAAGUCACAGCUCCAUGUGCAUAAACGAAUUCACACAGGAGAGAAACCUUAUAUGUGCGCAAAGUGUGGGAAGGCCUUCACCAACAGGUCAAAUCUCAUUACACAUCAGAAAACUCACACUGGAGAGAAGUCCUAUCUAUGUCCUAAAUGUGGAAAGGCCUUUACACAAAGGUCAGACUUGAUUACGCAUCAGAGAAUUCAUACAGGAGAGAAACCAUAUGAAUGCAACACCUGUGGAAAAGCCUUCACCCAGAAGUCACACCUAAACAUCCACCAAAAAAUUCACACAGGAGAGAGACAGUAUGAAUGUCACGAAUGUGGAAAAGCCUUCAACCAAAAAUCAAUACUCAUCGUACAUCAGAAAAUUCACACAGGAGAGAAACCCUAUGUCUGUACUGAGUGUGGAAGAGCCUUUAUCCGGAAGUCAAAUUUCAUAACUCAUCAGAGAAUUCAUACUGGAGAGAAACCUUAUGAAUGCAGUGAUUGUGGGAAAUCCUUCACCUCCAAAUCUCAGCUCCUGGUGCACCAACCAAUUCACACAGGAGAAAAACCUUACGUGUGUGCUGUUUGUGGAAAAGCUUUUAGUGGCAGGUCAAAUCUCAGUAAACACCAGAAAACUCACACUGGAGAAAAGCCCUACAUCUGUUCUGAAUGUGGGAAGACCUUCAGGCAAAAGUCAGAGUUGAUUAUACAUCACAGAAUUCACACUGGAGAGAAACCUUAUGAAUGCAGUGACUGUGGCAAGUCUUUCACUAAGAAAUCACAGCUCCAAGUGCAUCAGAGAAUCCACACAGGAGAGAAGCCUUACGUGUGUGCUGAGUGUGGGAAGGCCUUCACUGAUCGAUCAAAUUUGAAUAAACACCAGACAACGCACACUGGAGACAAACCCUACAAGUGUGUCGUCUGUGGGAAAGGCUUUGUUCAGAAAUCCGUGCUUAAUGUGCAUCAGAGUAUUCACACUUGAGACAAACAGUAUGAGAAAAGCUUAGUGAGAUCAGGUGUGAUUAUACACUAUCAAAUUCAUACAGCAGGAAAGUGGAUGAUUGUAAGGAGAAAUACAUCAAGAGACAGUCACACAGUACUGUGGAGGAGAGGACUGCGAGGGCCUGCCCUUGCCAUGUUGUCAUCAGUCUCAUGGAACCUUGAGGCAUUAGUACCCAGUAGGAAUGCUGUCCACUUACAUGAUCUAAGAACCUGCUAGUGAAAAACAAGAUAAUAUGCUAUUGCCAAAUUCUGCUUAGGAAAGAUUACAUUAAGUCAUGUUAGUGAUAGUUGUGUUUACUGUGGAAUAGGAAAAAUGCCCAGAGAGUAGAACACCAUGAUCUAUAAGAUACAAUGACAGACUCUGUCAUUUCUGUGAAAUGUUCCUUGCAGGACACGUUGUAUAACAUAGUUGCGGGCUUUAUUCUUGCGUUGAAUCUAACAUGAUGUUGGGAAUCUAGUCCCCUAUUGAUUAUUUCUGUAAAGAAAGAGCUACCACAAUAAAAAUUCUGUAUGAAGACACAAACCUCAGAGUGUCUGUUGACUCCCCAUAACUAGCACCAUGACUUAGAACCCACCCCCCAUUAGCUACCAGUGCAGUGUCUUUACCUUCAUCAAUCCUCAGCACAUUGUCUUCUGGCCCCGAUUACUUGCUUUAUGACCGCCCCCCUUGGUGCUAAACAGCACAUCUGCUGACUACCAUUAUCUCCCAGAUGUUGUCUACUGGCCUCCACCAACCCGCAGCAUGACUUAUGAACUCUCGACACCCUAGGAAAACUUCUGAGGUAAUAAUUUUCAGGUCAGCUCCAUCAGCUCUUCACCCCAGUCUCCUGCUGUCAGUUCUUCCAGUUCACUUGCCUGCCUUUCCUAAC